AUGGUGCAGGAAGUGAUUAAGUUCUUGGACGAAGCACCUAAUAUGGAGAUCAAACUGUCUUUGAUCGAAACACUUAGAACCGUUACAGAGGGAAAGAUUUUCGUCGAGGUAGAAAGAGCUCGCGUAACACGGAUUUUGUCCGAGAUUAAGAAAUCUCAAGGAGACAUCGUUGCUGCCGCCGAUAUUCUCUGCGAACUCCAGGUUGAGACGUUUGGCUCCAUGAGCAGGAGAGAGAAGACAGAUUUUAUUCUCGAACAGGUCGCCUUAUGUAUAUCUAGAGGGGACUGGACCCAAGCCAAGGUUCUCAGUCGAAAAAUUAAUACGAAAUACUUUGCUCGGAAGCCUAAGAAGACACCUGAAGAGAUCGAGAAGCAGAGGAAGCUGGAGGAAGAGCGUGAGCGGCAACGAAAGCCGGACGAACCACCUGUGGAAAAGGAUGAGGAUGUUACAGACCUCAAGUUAAGAUAUUACGAGCAACAGAUUAUCAUAGCAAACCAUGAAGACCAAUACCUUGAGGUAUGCAAGCAUUACCGACAGGUUCUCGACACCGUUUCCGUAGAAGAAAAUCCAGACCAGCUUCGAGCAACUCUUCAACGUAUCAUCUAUUACGUCGUUUUAUCCCCGCACGAUAAUGAGCAAUCGGAUCUCUUGUACCGCGUCAAGGCUGAUUCUCGAAACUCUUUGGUCCCAGUCGAGGCCCAGCUGAUUAAAUUCUUCACCACCCACGAACUCAUGCGUUGGCCUAUGGUUUCGGAGCAAUUUGGUCCUCAUCUCUGCAGCACCGACGUUUUCGAUGUCCAACCAGGCCAUUCUAUGGAUGAUAAGCCACACCGCAGAUGGCAAAAUCUCCGCAAACGAGUUAUCGAGCACAAUAUCCGUGUGAUUGCUAAAUACUACACACGCAUCCAGACGAAGCGUUUAACUGAGCUUCUCGAUCUCGAUGCCGCCGAAACGGAGAAGUAUAUCAGUGAUUUGGUUACGUCAAAGACGAUCUUUGCAAGAAUUGAUCGUCCAGCGGGGAUCAUUAACUUCGCUACGCCGCGUGAUGCAGAUGACGUGCUGAACGAGUGGAGCGGGAAUAUGAAGAGCUUGUUAGGAUUGCUUGAGCGUAUCGAUCAUUUGAUUACCAAAGAAGAGAUGAUGGCUCGCAUUGCACCAAAGGCGAGGGCUCGUUAA